UGCUCGCGCGCUGCAGUCCCGUUAGCUGUCUGCGGGAGCCAACGCAUCGUCCAGGGAUGAGAGGAAAGAGAAAAGAAGACGACGUUCAUCUGAAAACUUUAAUGAAACUCACCUGCAGGAUUUGGAAAAUGUUUUUGAUGCCGAAGUGGUGGAUUUUUAUCGUUUGUCUGACAGAUGUCCUUCCUCCCCGUUGCUCAGGGGUUCAUGUAAUUGUGAGAGAUGAGAAGAGGUACGCUGUGCUGUUCCAGUCAGUGAUUCUGCCGUGUCAGUACAACAGCGUGUCCACCCAGACCCCCGUGGUACAGUGGGUCUACAAGUCAUACUGUCGCGACCGCACGCGGGAUUCGUUUAACUUCCCCGACAACCUGGGUGGAGGCCUGGGAGGAGGUGGGGUCAAAGUUGGAACUGGAGGAGCCGGCGGUGGGUACGAGACGGGGAUGACUGCGAGCUACCUCAACUGCGCGGACAGCAGCCGGACGGUCCGAACUGUGGCCUCCAUUUCUGGCUCCUCAAUCACACUGUCAGAGCACUACAAGAACAGAGACAUCUCCAUCAUCAACAAGGCAGACUUGCGCAUAGGAGAGGUCCAGUGGGGAGACAGUGGAGUUUACAUCUGUAAAGUGGUUAUAUCUGAUGAUUUAGAGGGGCAGAACGAAGCCUCUGUGGAGCUGCUGGUUCUUGGUUUCUCAGGUGUGCCUGAAGAUCUCCUGCCAGACUUUGAUUUGAAGAUUAUGCCAGAGUGGGUGUUUGUGUCAGCAGUGGCGCUGGGCAGUGUCUUGUUCCUGCUGUUGGUUGGGAUUUGUUGGUGUCAGUGUUGUCCUCACUCCUGCUGCUGCUACGUCAGCUGCUGGUGCUGCCCCGACACAUGCUGCUGCCCUAGACACCUAUAUGAGGCAGGUAAGGGUAUAAAGACAGGCACCUCCACCCCUCAACCUGCCUACCCUCCAUACUUUGUCACUGGUGUCCCGACGAUGGUCCCCAUCGCUCCCCCCUCUUUAGUGGACAAGAUGUCUUCUGUCCCCCCUUCAGAUGGCAGCCUACUCACAGCAGUGCCGAUGCAUGCUGUAGGGGUUCCCUACCGUGUGCCUUCACCUCAGGAUCAGGACUCUCUCAGGGUGCUACAGUAUGUAGAGAAACAACUGGCUCACUUCAACCCUUCCAGGUCCAACAGCCACCAGUCCUGUAGCCUGUCCGAGCUGAGCUCCCUCCACGAGGGAGACACCGGUUUUCGCCAAACAUACCGAAACAUCCAGAAGAAAGCUCUCCCCGCAAUCCCUGACCAAGACCCUCAGCCUGAAACCCACCACUUCCGUGACAACCGCAUCCCACAGCUGCAGUGUUAUCGUGACAAUCCCCCUUCAUCCCAACGAUAUCGCGAUGACCCCAACUCAGAGCCCCGGUGCUGCCAGGAUGAGUCUCAUCCUCCGCGGCGAUACAGCGAUGAUCCUCCGUCCUCCUCACAGUCGCGCAGGCUCGGACGAAAUCAACGGCAACAGAAUCACAGCGAGGAGGAAAACCACAACAGAUGGAACCCUCGUUCAGAACAUCUGCAGAGAAAGACAUACCGUACGGCAGGACGAACUGGCUCACUGGAUGAGCUGGAGGAGUUUGCUGCUUCUUACAAGCAAAGAGUAAGUCGAGGGGUAGAGAAAAGGGAAGAAGAAAGUGGAGACUAUGAGAUGGAGCUUCUGGAGUACAGACAGUAUCCUUCCUACCGGGAUGGUCCGCCUCAGCAUUAUCACAACGAUGAAAAUGAGCUUGGGGACAGCAGCGACCGUGAAGAUCGUCCCAGACGAAACAAGAAAAACGGACUUAUCAUAAGUCCACUUCCUUCACCCAAAAAGAGGAGGGGCACUUGGGACAGCCAGCGUCCUGUCCCACCUCCUCCCAGAGUUAGUCCACCAUCAACUUCUUCUCAAGAGAAGGACUAUGAUGGCACAUUCCUGAACAGCCUGCUGGAGCGCAAGGCUAAGUUGCGAGGGGUCGACCAGGGGAAGAGUGGGGCCCGGGGUGAGGAAGAUUCAGACACACCCUCGAAGGGCAGCUCGAAAAAGAGCAGCGGGGAAUCUAGUCGUCACUGCAGCCGCUCGCCUAGUAACAGGCCUGAGGCAGAUCCACUGCCUCCUUACUCAGAGAUACAGCGCAAAACUGACAGGCCAUCUCCACGGCCGCUCCCAGCAAACUCUCGCUCCCCUCAACCCGCUGCCCAGUCUCCUUCCCAGUGUCUGCCCAGUCGCAGAGAGGAACCUAGAGACAAGAACCGUAAAGUGAGCACUCUCCUCAGCCGGGAUUCCCUCAUCGUCUGAUCGUCUGGAAGCCAGUGGAGCAGACUCUACGGGAACUGCAUUUCAGCUGAUAGAAAUUACUUUGAGAGGACAUUGCAAAAAAUAUGCAAAGUACAACUGACCGUGAAGGAACGCUGAAUAAAGUGGACAACAGACACACUUUUACUUUCGAGACUGUCUCUGGGGUUUCUGCCUGUGACGUCCCUGAAUGAUGAAGUCAUCACUAUUCAGUUUCUGUCACCGCUUGCCUCAUAUAUAUCUCAGCUAGACUAACACUAAACUGUGGCUGGGUGUACGACCUGGACUGUCCCUCCCAGCAGAACACUGUUUGUCUCCCCUCGUCCCUUUAGAAAAGGCUCUGAAGCAGAGAGACUUGGUUUACGCUUUCAGCACAAAGAGCGUAUUCAUUUCCACUUGAUGAGAUAUCUGCAUUAAAAUAGCACAGUUGUAGAAUAGAUGGUAUAUGACAACACCAUUAUUGUAAAGGACAUAUUGUAGCUCCAGUUGUUUGACAAAACACACACUGUUUCAUUCAUUAACAUAUUCAGAGACUAAAGCACCUAAUUUUAAUGUUAACUAAAGCUGGAAGUAGUAACCGACUUUACCAAAUGUUGGUAUGAUGUGUAGAGGGGGUGGACGAAAUAAUGUAAACAUGGAUAUGGCAGUAACUCUCAAAGCUGCACUGAGCAAUAUUUUAAAUUGACAAUAGAUUAAAUGUAAUGCAAAAUGUGUCAAAUUAUCACCCAACUCAGCAGUUCCUCUUAACUAUAAGAGGGUUUAAGUGUCUUUCAGCUCAUUGUUUUGGAUUUGCGGCCUGCAACUUCACUAUGUAUGUUCAUUGUCACUGCUGUCAUCAACCUUGUAUCGCUGUGUACCCUGUGUCAGCAGGCAGCUGUUUUUAGUUUAAAAAAAAGACAAAAACUCUAAAACACAACUGUACAUUACAAGACACAAACGGCAGACAGACGCAGUUAGCUACAAGCUGGUGAACAUAGUGGAGCAUUUAGCAGCUAAAGAGACAUAUAUUUCUCUCAGGGAGUUGUUGGGAGACCAAAACAGGGCUGAAAUGAGAGUAAAGAUUGGACUUAUAUUUCUCAGUUGGACAAAUACGCCUUCAAAUUAAUAAUAAUGUUGCUCGUGUCUACUGGACGUUUCUACAGCUUCUUCUACUGACUCCAUGUGGCCAGAAAUAUAUUAAUGUUGCUUUAGGUAACUAAGUCAUACAUGCAAAUUAGCUGGGUAAUAUAAGGUUCAAUUCUAUGUAGCAACAUUUAUGAGCUAGAAAAGAAGCCUGGCAAUCGAUGUGAUUUUUAUUAGUAUACUUUAAAUGUUUUUAAAGCAACAUAAUAUAUGCCCAGACUGCAGGAGUGAUCAUCAGAAAUGUAUUCCAAUUGGUCAAACAUACAGUACGGUCCAAAGACUGAAAGCUACGUUAACAAAGUACUAAACUAACAAAGGUGGACUAAUACUGCAGACUGCAGACCCAAUAUGAGAGAUUUGUUACAGCAUGUGCUGUAGGGAUUUAGUUACAGUCCUUAUUCAUGAAGCCGAAACAUUAUUUUGUCUCCAUCCUGUAUGUAAGUGGUGCUUUUUGUCUUCUAUUAAAACAUGUUAGUUUGCACAAAGUAACUAUUUUAUCUUAGGGACUAAAUCCUGAGGACAUUUUGUAUUUUUUGUAAACAUUGAAGUGCCACUUGCCUUUAAAAAAUUGUACUACAGUAUCAAGAUAUUUUUUAUGUAAACUUGAUCUAUUUAUGUGUGUGUUGUGAUAUGGCCCUAGUAAUUUGUAAAAGAUUAUGUUUGCUUUCCUGUGUGAGUGUGUACAUAAGAUUAAGUGUCUUUGAUUUGAUUACUGUUAUUCAGCCUUAUCUUAUCUUAGCGAUUCAACACACACACACACACACACACACACACACACACACACACACACACACACAUAUAUAUACACACCUCAUUAGCCUACUGAUUUUUUGAGUCUUAUUAAGUUUUAUUACUUAUUUUGUUCUAACAUUACACCAUGCAGUAUUUCAUUAUUACCGCCACCAUGUUAGGUCGUUUCGUCUUCCGAAAAGUCUAAUGUCAGUGUUUAGUUUUCUUCCAUCGUGUUUGUGUUGUCUGGUACUGACAAGUGUGUUCAUAUGUGUGAGAGAGAGAUGACUAUACUUUUCUGUAAAGGAGACAAUGUGUAAUUGAGUGUGACUCAUUGUCUUUGUUCAUUGUUGUAAUCAGAGACUGCCUGUCUUUGCUACACAGCUGUGUCAAAACUCGCAGUUCUGCCAGCUCAGCCACAGAUUUCUGUGUCACCGUUAUUUUGUCAAUGACAUAAAUAAUUUGUUACAACAUUUAAAGUAUCUGUUUAUUAAAACGGCAAGAUCCAGUUUGGUAUAACACAAACCAAAAGUGUUCUCAGCAAAUUAGCUUAGGAGAAAGAAUGAAACCUAGGUUUUGUUAAUUCAAUUCAAUACAAUUCAAUUUUAUUUAUGUAGCGCCAAAUCACAACAACAGUUAUCUCACAGCGCUUUCAUGUUACAGCUUAUUAUUCUUUAUUUUUCAACUGCAUAGGUUCAAGAAGUCAUGUCAUACAGGCAGUGGUGUACAUUUAUUCAACUGCUGUACUGUACGUACAAUUCUGAUACCAAAUGGGCUUGUUACUUGAAAAAUGGCCCUAGGAGUAUUACAUUACUGGAUUGUUAUUACUAUAAGCAGCAUUUUACUGUACUUGGUUAUGAUGGGGAAGAUUUUAACUGCUUUACGUAGUAUUUACUAGUUACAUUUAAAACAAUGUAUUAUAAGUUUGUGAUGGGAGGGAUCGGUUGAUACAGUGAUCAGUCACAGCUUAAGAGUAUGUCAGGAAUGUUGUUGAGCAACUCCCUCCUGGGCUGCACAGAGCAGGGAAAUAUGACAUCACCACACACCACAGAGUAAAAGGCUUGUUUGUGAUUUUUCAUGCACUUCCCUUACUGGUUUGUUGUGGACGAGGCUCCCCUGGAAACGUGAUGCCAGUGAGCGCCAAUCAGCAUUUUUUAAUCAAUCUGAUUUGGUGGGUUGCUGUUCACUCUCCGUCAAAUCUGAUCAAACCACAACCACACAGUCCCGAUGAAGCAGAUUAGCUGAGUUUUUCAGUUUCAAACUGUUAAUAACAAACACCUAGUGAUGUUACUUAUUUAGUAAUGAAAAUGUUAUAGAGAAAUGCUUAAGGUAAUUUAAGUAGAACCAAUAAUUGUAAUAAUACAGUGUAAAAGUUCUAUACUACUGCACAGUAACUGAAUAUUUGAUGCAUUAAUGUGUAAGCAACACAAUAUUGCAGCUGGUAAAGGAUGAGCUAACAUUUACUACUUUAUAUAGUGCUAGGAAGCUUAAUCUAUAAUAAUACAUCAUAAUUUAUUUGUUUAUUAUAUUUUAUAUUUCUAAUUUGAAUCUGCAGAGUAAGUAUUAACUAGCUAUCAGAUAAAUGUUGAGUAAAAAGUAUAUUUGCCUGCGAUGAGAUCACACUUAUGGCGCAAAGUGAAUUGUGUUGACCUUGUGUGUGUGUUUUGCUGAAAUAUUCCCAGGGUUGAUACAAUGUAUUCACAACAUUAAACAUUGUUAGUCG